CUCUUCGCUUACCGUUAUCAUUGGAAAAACAUGGCGGCUCACACUACCAAGAUAUGCCUGUCCCUAGGUCGAAUAAAUGGCCCUGGUUUUGGACAAUAUGCAUCAUUAAACAGGGCGACAUAUGCCACGGCACUGUCUACAUCAAAUUUUACUGGAAAUAAAGGCGGACCUGACCGAGGGGGUCGAGGAGCUUUUGUAAGGCGACCCAGACGAGAGCCAGGGGAGCCCAGAACAGAGAAGAUGGACAGCCAGCAGGACUGGUCUGCGGUCUACCCGUCUGCAGCGUCGUUCAGACCGGGCUCUGUCCCCCUGCCUGUCCGUAUGGGCUACCCGGUGAAGGGGGGAGUUCCCUCAGAGAAGAGAGGCAACCUGGAGCUGAUAAAGAUACCAAACUUCCUGCACUUGACACCGGCAGCCAUUAAGAAGCACUGUGAAGCCUUGAAACCGUUCUGCACCGAGUGGCCCGCUGGCCUGGACUCCGAUGCCGACCUGGACAAGCACCUCCCCAUCCGGAUAGAGACCACGGACUACGUCUCGGCCGGGCCCUCCGUCAGGAACCCCGCUGCCCGGGUCGUCACUCUCCGGGUCAGGCUUUCCAGUCUGAACUUGGACGAACAUGCACGGGAGAAGAUGCUCAAACUUCUUGGGGACAGAUACUGUAAAGACACAGACAUCCUGACCAUCACAACAGACAGCUGUCCGUUGAAACAGCAGAAUAACGACUAUGCCAUGUACCUGCUGACCGUUCUCUACCAUGAAGCAUGGAAAACGGAGGCGUGGGAGUCUGAGAUGACGAGGGCGGACCGCCGCGAGUACAUCUGGGAGGACAGCGCCUCGCAGCAGAACGUCCUGGACACGCUGGCCCGCAUGGCCACGCCCGUCCCGGGGGAGGGCGUGGGCGUGGGCGAGGGCGAGGCGCCCCCAAGGGAGGAGCUGCUGGCCCGGCCCGAGGUUCAGCAGUACCGGGACUCGGUCACCCGACUGAAGAACGAGGGGGAGAGCGAGGGAGCCACACUCCGCUACAGAGAGGCCGUGAAGAAGCUGCUCAGUCUGUAGUGUGUGUAUCUCUGACCGGGACCCAGCCCUCCACUCCCCUCAACCCAUCCCGCCAUCCACACACACACACACACACACACACACACACACACACACACACACACACACGGGGGGGGGGAGGCAGGGCACCUAGGGCAGUUGGAGCACAAGUAGAGGACUGCAUUGGCACUUGGAGCAUGGGGUUACUCUUAGAGGCUUGAAAAACAAACAUUCUGAUAUUGUUUGAGACUCCCGUGGUCUCCUGGACAGUCAGUGGCAAACAAAUACAAAUGUCGUGUGGUUGAAAGUGGAACCUUUUACUUUUUUCAGUAAGGGUAAAUGCGAUCAAGUUAUUCUUCAAUCCUCAUUCAUAACCCCGACUCCGUUCCACUUCUUCUCUCCUCCUCACCGUGGGGGAGAGAGAGAGAGAGAGGGCCCGCAUCCAAGAGAGGGAAAUCAUUCAGUGACAGUUCUGCUAAAUAUCCAGCCCCCCCCCCCCCCCCCCCCCCCCCAUUGUCUCCCCACUACCUCUCCCCUCUCUCCUUCUUGAAACAGCUUUGCUCUGCGGUCCGUGCGAUUUCCAGGACAUUUAAAACCCCCAAAUGUGCUGGACGGCAAACUGCGACCACACCACACCAUCACUCGACACUUACUUUUUAAAAGCCCGGAGAGCUUCUCCAAAACGCGCGCGACAACCCUUGGAUCGCCUUCCAUCGCAUUUCUUGCUUGGGAGCGCCCAUCACUGCACUUAAGUGUAGGGCACGCUCCACAAGGUUUGGCGUAAACAUCCUCUCUCACUCUUUUGAAGUGUAUUGAAAUGUAGCUCGGCCAGAACGGAACGUCUUCGUGUGUAUCAUCUAUCGCCGCCCAUUUUAUGCCGAGGCGCUGUGGUGAAGCGCCUGCUUUUUGUGUCCUGUCACGAGCUGUUGGUUCACAAGUGAAACCAGAUACGUAUGCUGUAAUUGUGGGCUUAAUGUGUUCAGAACGUCAACUCUAAUAAAUCUGUUUUUCAUUAA